AUGGUCGCCGCCAUCGCCGGCGACGCCGAAACCGACCUGACCCUGCCCAUUUCGGACGACCUCGACGACAACGGUUUCCCCGCGUCACCCCCCACCGCACCCGCCACCAGCAGCUUCGCCGACGACUUCUACCGCAGCGGCAUCGACUGGUCCUCCCUGCAAGCCCCUCCUUCUCAUCGGAGAAGGCCAGCCGAUGGAACAACGGAGAAAUUUUGCGGCCCGUUGGUUCAGAAGAACCUCUUCCAGGCGUGGGGGAUCGAGAAGCCAGCCUCUGGAAUGACGGAGAAAGUUUGCGGCCCGCCGGUUCAGAAGAACCUCUUCCAGGCGUGGGGAAUCCAGAAGCCGCCGCGGGAAGAGGCGGCGCAGGGGGUCCCCGUUGGGGCUGGGGCUUCCUCCUCUUCCCCUUCUCCUUCUGUUGCUGGGUCCGGUAGGAAGCGGCGCUGGGGAGGCUCGGACGAGAACGGGGCGUCCAGGAAGCCCGUCGCUUGCCCCUUCUACAAGCAGAUUCCCGGUACGCCGUUCACGGUGGACGCAUUUCGGUAUGGAGCAGUUGAGGGGUGCUCUGCUUAUUUUCUCAGCCAUUUCCAUUAUGAUCAUUACGGUGGGUUAACCAAGAAGUGGUGUCAUGGUCCUAUCUAUUGUACUGCACUCACUGCACGCCUGGUGAAGAUGUUACUAUCAAUUGACUCUGCGUAUGUUUGUCCCUUGGAGCUUGAUACUGAGUAUGUCAUUGACGGAGUGAAGGUUACCUUCUUGGAGGCCAAUCAUUGCCCUGGUGCAGCUCUAAUUCACUUUCGUCUUAGUGAUGGCAAGACCUAUCUCCACACUGGGGAUUUUAGAGCAUCAAAAUCCAUGCAAUUGCACCCACUCCUCCAAACUGGCCGCAUAAGUUUGCUUUAUCUGGAUACAACAUAUUGCAAUCCAAAAUACAAAUUUCCACCACAGGAGGAUGUUAUUGAUUUUGUUGUCAGGACAGCUCAAAGGUAUCUAAAGAAGCAACCAAAGACACUUAUUGUUGUUGGGGCAUAUAGCAUCGGGAAAGAGAAUGUCUAUCUAGCAAUUUCUCAAGCUUUAGAGGUCCCUAUAUACACUGAUGCAUCACGAAGGCGGAUUCUUCACUCAUUUGGCUGGCCGGACUUGUCCAAAAGGAUAAGUUCAUGCAAUCAAAGUUCACCACUUCAUGUUCUGCCCCUUGCAUCACUGCAACAUGAGAACUUGAAGAAGUACUUGGAGACUCUUGAUCAAAGAUUUCUAGCUGUGCUGGCUUUUCGACCUACAGGUUGGACUUUUUCUGAGGCAGCUGGAAAGGAGCUUGACUUAAUUAAACCUAGCUCUAGAGGCAGAGUUACAAUCUAUGGUGUACCUUAUAGCGAGCACUCAAGUUUCAGCGAGCUUAGGGACUUUUUGAAGGUAAAUCCCCAAACUGUUGUUACAUUGCUAGUCUUUGCUGCGAUGUUUUCUAACCAUAGGAUAAUAUUUUUCUGGUUAGUUUCUGAGACCUCAAAAGGUAAUUCCCACUGUUAA